AUGAGUCCCUCUGAGAUUCCGCAGCCGCUGAUCACGAGUGGAAGAGGGUACGGGUGGCUAUACGCUCUCUACCUCCACAUUGGGGCCGGUAUUUUGCGCACUGUUGUCUGGUUGAUGACGAGCACUGGAAAGGAUUUUGACAGAGUUGUCACGAUCCAAACACCUGGACUGGGGCCGGGCAAGGUCCGCUGCGCUCUCAGUUUUCCUGCAUCACCUGAUCCCAGUGAUCAGCCCUCGGAGAACUUGGGACGAUUUCCCUUAGUUAUUGUCCUAGAAGGCGGCGGGUUUGUGUUAGGUCAACCGGAAGAUGGAGAGCGGAAUGACCGACUCGUCGCGACCAAGGAAGAAGAAACCAGUCCUGACAAAACAUUGAUCAGGACGCGCUCAGUCGUCCUAUCUGUGGACUACGCGAAAUCACCUCGCUACCCGUUCCCACAUGCCUUACUUCAAAUAUACGAGGUAGUCCGAUGGGCCACUUCUAGCGAGGGACAAGCCGUCAUGGGAGUGUCGAUCGAUCCCAGUCGUGUUGCCUUCAUGGGUAAUUCGGCAGGUGGUAACCUCACAGCAUCAUUAUCUCUACUCUUGUCAUUCAGAUCCGGUCCAUGUGCCAGGUUCUCUGAAGCACUCCCUCCUACCUUCCGUCAGUUGCUUCAGAUCCUUCUGUACCCCAGCGUCGAAUGUCAUCAUUCCUACCAGACAAGGUAUCAGCGGUGCACCAUGGACGUCCAGGCAAAAAGCCUGCCCAUAGCUGUCGCAGAGUUAAUGGAGGCUUCCUACCUACCCCCGAGUGUUGCGAAGGAGCAAAUAUUUGUCGCCCCCCUUUUGGCCAAUCCCGCUCUUUUAAACCAAUUGCAGGUCCCUGCAGCUCUAAUAUUAACAGCCGGAAUGGAUUGCCUGAAGGACGAGGCUGAGUUAUAUGCUCGCAAUCUUGAAAUGGCUGGGGUUUGUGUGAAAAUCAAACAGUAUCCAUUUGCAAUACACGGGUUUUCCCACUACACGGAGGGACAUAAGGGCUUUCGUGCAGUUGAUGUGGCUGAUUGUUGGAAGGAGGUCUGCGACGCCCUCAAUAAUGUUUUCCAUCCAGCGUCUGUUCUGUAA